AUGACAGACGAUCUGCGGAAGAUCGUCGUCCGGGCCAACCCGGCGAUCACGGGUCAGUUAGGUUUCCGGCUCGUCGGCAGCCGCCAUUCGGGUGUCUUUGUCUACUCGAUUCAGGACGAGUAUAAGCAUCCUGGAGGUCUUGAAAUCGGUGAUCGUCUGCUGCAAUGUGAGAAGAUUCCGUUGCAAGGGCGGACACCGGAACAGGUAGCCGCCAUCUUCCGCUUCUCCCUCAACCGCCAGGGGCACAUCUUCGUCAUCGUCAAACGCGAGACCGAAAUCCGCGAACGUCUGGAAAACCAACGGCGGCUAGCCGACAAGGAGAAUUUACACCCCUCAUUCCACGAUGCGCCAUUAGACGAUGCCGAAGACGGGGAGAAUGAGCUGAUGGAGGGCGUGGAGGAAGAGCCGGAUUGCCUGCCGGGAGUCUCGUCUGCUUCCGCCGAACAUUCCGACCUCAACUCGCCAGACCCCUUCGAGAUUCCGAGCCCCAAGAAAAUGCUGAAGCGAAGAAUGAUCAAAUCGUUCACCACUGAGGACCGUCUUCUGCUGAUCGCUUGUGCCGCGGAUUCUGAUAUGAAAACUUUUGGAAUUAUGGAAAAGGAAGAAUACGAGUACGACUAUUCGUCAGGGAAAUUUCGAUGUCCCAUAUGCUUCAAGCAGACCGAUUUGAAACGUCUACACCAAUUACGUCAUAUUUGGCGCUUCUCAGCGCGACGCCUACUCCCCUUCUCAUUCUCCGAUUACGCCAUACUU